GUACGCAAGCGCAGUUUGUCUUUGCUGCUUCGGUAUCAGUCCGCAGUCUCCCGCGGGCCGGAUCCCAUCGCCUCACUACCGCGGGCCAGGCUAUGUUCCAGAUUCCCCUAACCCUGCGUCUCAAAGGAAGUUGUGCGAGUGGGUCCGAACUCAUUUUCUUUGUUGUAGGACUUAAGAGACAGCCCCAUCCCCAGCCAGAGCCCCUUUAGAUUGUGUGGGCGGCAGGGCGCUGUGGGUGUGAGGGGGUCCCAGCGCCGCCAUUCGGAGGACCUCGGGGCCUCGCGGCCGCACAGGCUGCGUAAGAAUCCCAGACCAAGGCCGGGCCUCCCAGGAGCCCUUUAGUUUGCAGAGCACUUUCGUGUCCUCUCUUUUACGGUCCGUGCGGACGAUCAGCGAGACUUUGGCCGGGAGUCCAGAGCGCCCCUCGUCUGCUUUGGUCUCGGCGCGAGGGCCCGAGGGGAUUGGUCGACCAUGAGCAGCUUCGGAAGGCUAGAGCGCCGGCCAUCCAGACGAGGAGGACACUCGGUGACGCGCUCCUCGUGGCGCUCCAGUAGCUCGCCGUGAUCGUAUAGUGGUGCGUAAGUGGACAAUGAGCUGCUCCCAGAAUCUGGAGAGAAAUUCUGAGAUAGUCACUUUCUAAGAGUAUUAUGAGUCAAAACACUCAAUCAAGAAAACAACAACCAUAAACGGGCACCAUUGGAGAUAACUCACUCUAGCCAUUCACAUCCAUCCAAGAUAUACAAUUACCCUGGAAAGGAAAGUUUACUGUAUUCAGAAGCCUGGUAACCUUGGGAGAAGGUAGUCUUGUGUCCCAGAACCAACUCUGAAAAUUCUCGUACUAGGCCAUGAAAGACUUUAAAGGGAGAAAGGUUGGGUGUUUUCCAUAGUACCUGCAUUGAAAGGAAACUUGGAUCCCCUAGAAAUGAGACGAGUGCUGUACCCAGCAUUUAGAAGAUGAACAUGUAUUUUUACACCUUCUACACAAAAAAAGAAAGAGAGAAGAGAGAGGACAAGAGAAGAGAGAUGUGAUGACUGGCAUCGUUUCACCUGGACUGAACACCAAGCUCUGCACCUAUAACUAUGCCUGGCUCCAGAACUGGCAGUUAUCUAAGUUGAGGAGAACAGGUGAUGGAGAAAACAAAUGGAAGAGAAGCCAUUGCUGUGUCCACAGUGGAGACUGGCAUAGAGAAUCCAGGGCUGGAGCUCACGGAAGAAGGAGUAAGUUCUGAGGGAACCAGGAGGACCGAAGAGCAAGGACACAGCCUUGGGGAUGGUUUGGAGUCUUCCACUCAAAAGAGGAAGAGCCUACGACAUUUCAUGAGGGCAAGAAGUUUCUGCAGAGCACAUGCUGGCUUGUUCAAGAAGAUCCUGCUGAGCCUGUUGUGUCUGGCUUAUGCUGCCUACUUCCUGGCAGCUUGCAUCUUAAAUUUCCAGAGGGCACUGGCCUUGUUCGUCCUCACCUGUUUGGUGCUCUUGGUCCUGGUUCACCGCUUUCUGAAAAAGAUCUUUGGUAAAAAAUUAACAAGAUGUCUGAAGCCCCUUAAAAACUCCCGCCUGAAGCUUUGGAUGAAAUGGGUGUUCGCAGGAGUCGCCUUGAUUGGCCUUAUCCUGUGGCUGGCUCUAGACACAGCCCAAAGGCCAGAGCAGCUGAUCUCCUUCGCAGGAAUCUGCAUGUUCGUCCUCAUCCUCUUUGCCUGCUCCAAACACCACAGUGCAGUGUCCUGGAGGGCAGUGCUUUGGGGCCUGGGUCUUCAGUUUGUCUUUGGGAUCUUGGUCAUCAGAACUGAUCCUGGAUUUAUUGCAUUUCAAUGGCUGGGAGAUCAGAUUCAGAUUUUCCUCAACUAUACUGUGGCUGGCUCCAGUUUUGUCUUUGGGGAUAUGCUGAUCAAGGAUGUCUUUGCUUUUCAGUCCUUACCGAUCAUCCUUUUCUUUGGAUGUGUGAUGUCCAUUCUCUACUACCUGGGCCUUAUGCAGUGGAUAGUUCAGAAGAUUGCCUGGUUUUUGCAAAUCACCAUGGGCACCACCGCCACAGAGACCCUGGCUGUGACAGGAAACAUCUUUGUGGGUAUGACAGAGGCACCUCUGCUCAUCCGUCCGUACCUUGCAGACAUGACGCUCUCUGAAAUCCACGCAGUGAUGACUGGAGGGUUUGCUACCAUCUCAGGCACUGUGUUGGGAGCCUUCAUAUCCUUCGGGAUUGACACGUCAUCCUUGAUUUCUGCCUCUGUGAUGGCUGCCCCUUCUGCUCUUGCUUUGUCAAAGCUGGUAUAUCCGGAAGUGGAGGAGUCCAAGUUCAAGAAUAAGGAGGGGGUGAAAUUGCCCCGUGGGAAGGAGAGGAAUGUCUUAGAAGCUGCCAGCAAUGGAGCCGCAGAUGCCGUAGGCCUUGCUGCAAAUGUAGCAGCCAAUCUGAUUGCCUUUUUGGCUGUGUUGGCAUUCAUCAAUGCUGCCCUCUCCUGGCUUGGGGAACUGGUAGACAUACAUGGCCUCACUUUUCAGGUCAUCUGCUCCUAUAUCCUAAGGCCCAUGGUUUUCAUGAUGGGUGUAGACUGGGCAGACUGUCCAAUGGUGGCUGAGUUGGUGGGGAUCAAGUUCUUCACCAAUGAGUUUGUGGCCUAUCAGCAACUGUCUCAAUAUAAGAAUAAACGUCUUUCUGGAGUGGAAGAGUGGAUUGGAGGCAAGAAGCAGUGGAUUUCUGUGAGAGCUGAAAUCAUCACAACAUUUUCGCUCUGUGGAUUUGCCAAUCUUAGUUCCAUAGGAAUCACACUGGGAGGCUUGACAUCAAUGGUACCCCACCGGAAGAGUGAAUUGUCCAAGGUUGUGAUCAGUGCUCUCUUCACAGGGGCCUGUGUAUCCCUUAUCAGUGCCUGUGUGGCAGGAAUCCUCUAUGUCCCGAGGGGAGCUGAAACUGACUGUGUCUCCUUCCUAAACACCAGUUUCACCAAUAGAACCUAUGAGACCUACGUGUGCUGCAGAGAGCUCUUUCAGAGUACUUCUCUGAAUGGCACCAACCGUCCUUCUUUUUCUGGUCCCUGGGAAGAUAAAGAGUUCAGUGCCGUAGCCCUUGUUAACUGCUGUGAACUCUACACCAGUGCUGUCUGUGCUUAAGGCUGGUCUGUUUCCAUGACAGUCCCGAUCUUGAUGGCUUUUUAAUGGCAAACGUGUUUACUUAGAAUUCCCGUUCUACACUAACUCACUUUGAUCCUUAACAGGAAAUGUAGAAUUUUCAUUUUGGUUCACUGUAUGUCAGUAAUGAAAAUUAGCACCUUUUUGGCUGAACCAAAUAAGAAGUUUCCUAUGGGCUCUGUCUGAGCUUAGAUUUAAAAUAAUAAAUAUGGCCAUAUCAAAAAAUAUCUUGCCAACCUUGCUUCUAGUUGCCAUCUUAAAAAUUAUGGGAUGUGGUGUGAUUUGGUGUGUAAUAUGUAAUGAGGUUGAAAAGCUUUAUUUCUUGGAGUUCUGUGGAUGUUUAUGGUACUAAAGGUACGCAUGAAAGUUACAUGAAUAUUUCACGGUAAGCUUUUUUUCUGGUUGUCACACAUUUGUAAACCUGCAAAUUCCUUAACAUUACACGGUAAACAAAAAGUAUUUCCUAUAUGCAAAUUUGUAAGGAAAAUAGUUUCUUAGAGGCCCUUACUUUGUUUUAGUAUUCUGCUUUAGUGCCAUAUUUGCUUCACAUUUAUAGUGAAUCUUUUAAAACAGUGGUUUUCAAGGGUGGGGGAGGCAGUUUUGCCUCCCAGAGGAUACUUGACAAUGUCUUGAAACAUAAUUUGUUGUCACAACUGGGGAGAUGCUACUGACAUCUUCUACUGGGUAGAGGCCAGAAAUGCUGCUAAACAUUUUAUAAUGCACAGGUCAGCCUCCACAACAAAGAGUUCUCUAGCCCCAGAUACCAACAGUGCUAAGGUUGAGACACUCUGAUUUAAAAUAUUUAACAUAUUUCUCAUAUCUAAUAUUAUUUAUAAUAUUAAUAAUACUAUAGCCUUAAGGAAGGGUUUCAAAAGGAUGUAGGGGUUCCUCAAAAAGUUAAACGUAAGAUUACUACAUGGCCCCACAAUUCUGCCUAUUCCUCGGUAUACCCCAAAGAACUAAAAACAUAUUCAAACAAGUACAUGCAUGUCCACAGCAGCACUGUUCACAAUAGUCAAAAAGUGGAAACAGUCCAAAUGUCCAUCAAUAGCUGAUUGGAUAAACAAAUUAUGUUAUGUAUAUACAAUGGAAUUUUACUCAUCCAUAAAAAUC